CAAAAGUGAUGAUAGACGCAAGUUUAGACUUGUAAUCUUUAUUUUUAAUGAUUAUGGAAUUUAAGCAAAGGAAAUGGUAUAAAUUGAAGGACAUUUUGGUAGUUUUUACACUCAAUCUGGUAAAUCGAGAUUCAGAGACGAAAAAGUCAAAUAUAUUACCUUUAUUGGAAACUUCGUAAGGGACAAUCAAAAUGAAACUUACACUGGCAGUCUGUGUUGUGUUGAUUGGAAUGAUUUUGGCUGAUGAUUUAGUACCAAACCUUAUAGUGCAGUCAGUAAAGAUGAUGCAUCAGAAUCGCAGUAAAAGGUCUAUAAAACCAAGCAUGGAGGAUUCGGUGAAGAUGGCAUUUAGCAUGACAGACAAAAACCACGAUGGUCAUAUAACAGUGGAUGAAUUGAUACAAUUUGUUAAGAAAACCACCGGGAUAACCAUUGAUAAGACAACCAGACGAGGCUUCAAUAUGGUGUUUGGGAAUCCCACAUAUGACCUCAAUGAAAAUGGGACUAUUGAAUUAAAUGAAUAUGCUGGACUUAUGAGAAUGGGAAUGGGAAUGGGAAAAUAAAACGACAAAAUAUAUCAACCUGUGAAGACUGGAACUGUACAACUUCAAUUAUAACCAAACUGAUAAUUAUAUUGUCUUAAAUUCUUUAAGGAAUUUCUCCUUAUGUAACUUGCUAUAAAUAAAAGAUAGCUAUAUCUAAUAUAA